GCGCAGUGGGCGGGGCCUCCAUGUAAUUCUCUCUCUGCCGUUGUGGACGUCUGUUGUUGUUCGGCCGGCCCGGCGGAGGAGCUAACCGUUAGCUCCAGUGUUGAAGAUGGAGUAGCGCGGGCGCACGGAGCUGCUUGCUGGCCUCCGUCCCAUCAUCGGGCUUUAUUUCGGCUCGACCCGGGUUGACUGCUCUUUUCUCGGCUUCACUGUGUUGUUCAUGUAGUCGCUACAUCGGGUCAGUGUUAGCGCGAGGCUCAGCCGGACUGGCUGCUAGCUUGGAUGCUUCAUCGGUGCUCGGGGUGGUCGAUUGCCCAGAGAUUCUCUUUGUGUGCGCUAGCUGCCCCCUUUAAUCACAUUAUGCGUUGUUGCGUGAAAGCGGCGAUGCUUCUCUGUCAGCCGACGCACGUGACCGGGCCGAUUUGACGCUUACAGCCGAAAAUCCGCAGCUAACAGUUCCCAUGUCUUUGUUUGCGUCAGAAAACGGUUCAAGGUGUGAGGGCAGUUUUGCUGCGCAGGCUAGCGCAGCGGGGAGGGUAGAGCGUUUUUUCUGAUGAGGCGGAUCUUAGAUCAGCUCAUUUCACGGUCAGCUGAGAUGCGGCGCUCGAUUCAGUGACCUUGGACUCCUCAUCUGCAACAGAUUCAUAAAAAAAAUAGCCAAACAGCUGGCGGAGACGUCAGGGUUACUAUGGCUCCCAGGUUAAGCUGCAGGCUGAGUGGCGUCUACCUGCUCAUCCUAUCAGCAUGCACCGCUGCUUCUCAAAGGAACGACAACGUCUAUGCAUCUGGCUUUUCCAGUGCCUGUAGCGAGGUGGCCGAGCUCCUCCGGGCGUCCAGCGGCAUCGUGACCAGCCCCGGCUGGCCGUUCCAGUACCCGACCAGACUGAACUGUAGCUGGAUCAUCAGAGCUCGCCCCGGAGACUCCAUCACCGUAAGUUUUCAGGACUUUGACCUUCAGGGUUCCCAUCGUUGCACCUCCGAUUGGAUGUCCAUAAGCAGCUACAGGAGUUUGGACGGCCUUCGUGUCUGCGGCUCCUCACUGCCACCUCCCUACAUCACCUCCCAGGACCACGUCUGGAUACACUUCCAUUCGGAUGAGAGCCUGACGGGGAAAGGGUUCAGACUGUCCUACAUCACCGGUAAGCCAGAAGCAACUAGCUGCGAUGUGGACCAGUUCCAUUGCUCCAAUGGGAAGUGCAUCCCAGACUGGUGGCGCUGCAACUCCAUGGACGAGUGCGGCGACAACUCAGACGAGGAGCUAUGUGUGGAUUCCUCCUUCUCAUUCCAGCCGUGCAGCCUGAACCAGUUCCCCUGCCUGUCCCGUUACACCCGCAUCUACACCUGUCUGCCCCACAGCCUGCGCUGCGACGGCAGCAUUGACUGCCAGGACCUCGGUGAUGAGAUCGACUGUGAUGUUCCCACCUGUGGAGAAUGGCUGCGGAACUUCUAUGGUUCCUUCAGUUCUCCAAACUAUCCAGAUUUUUACCCUCCAGGAAGCAACUGUACCUGGCUGAUAGACACCGGAGAUCACCGCAAGGUCAUUCUGAGGUUUACAGACUUCAAACUAGACGGGACGGGCUACGGCGAUUACGUUAAGGUCUACGACGGCCUGGAGGAGAACCCCCGUCGCCUCCUGCGCGUGCUGACUGCCUUCGACUCCAGAAGUCCAGUCGCCGUGGUUUCCUCCUCGGGUCAGCUAAGAGUUCAUUUCUACGCCGACAAAAUCAACACCGCCAGGGGGUUUAAUGUCACCUAUCAGGUGGAGGGCUUCUGUUUGCCCUGGGAGGUUCCUUGUGGGGGCAACUGGGGCUGCUACGUGGAGCAGCAGCGCUGCGACGGCUACUGGCACUGCCCCAACGGACGCGAUGAGCUGAACUGCUCGUCCUGUCAGGAGGACGAGUUCCCCUGCUCCAGAAAUGGAGCCUGUUACCCCCGAUCGGACCGCUGCAACUACCAGAACCACUGCCCCAAUGGUUCGGAUGAGAAGAACUGCUUCUUCUGUCAACCCGGAAACUUCCACUGCAAGAAUAACCGCUGUGUCUUUGAGUCGUGGGUUUGUGACGCGCAGGACGACUGUGGCGACGGCAGCGAUGAGGACAGCUGCCCCGUCAUUGUUCCCACUCGGGUCAUCACUGCCGCGGUGAUCGGCAGCCUCAUCUGCGGCCUCCUGCUGGUCAUCGCCCUCGGCUGCACCUGCAAGCUCUACUCCCUGCGCAUGUUCGAACGCAGGUCAUUCGAAACCCAGCUGUCCAGAGUGGAGGCGGAGCUUCUGAGGAGGGAGGCCCCGCCCUCCUAUGGGCAGCUAAUAGCGCAGGGGCUGAUCCCACCCGUGGAGGAUUUCCCUGUUUGUUCUGGCACUCAGGCUUCGGUCUUGGAAAAUCUGCGCCUCGCUGUUCGCUCCCAGCUCGGCUUCACCUCCCUCAGACUCCCGUACUCUGGUCGCCAUAGCAACUUGUGGCGCAGACUUUUCACGUUUUCCCGGUCCCGUCGGUCGGGUUCCUUGGCUCUGGUCUCCGCUGAUCUAGACGACAGCACCGGCUCUGGGAGCACCGGCAGUUCCGGCUCAGACCUCCUGUCUCCAGACUCUGAUGACACGGACACGGAGAGUGAGCGGGGGAGGGAGCGAGGCGUGGGCGCCGUGUGCGGGCCGGUAGCCCCCCUCCCCCACAAAACACCCCCACCUGCUGCCGUCGAGGCGGUGGUAUCGCUGGCGGUGCCCGCGACCUCCGUUACACCAGACCGAUACCGCGACCAGACCCGAGAAGCUCCGCCUUCUUCCAGCGCGGUAACCGUGGUUACAUCCAGCCAAGAGCCAGAAUGUCACAGGGACUCUUUGGAGGCGCCAGCUCCAUCAGGUUCUGCCCUGCACCGCUUGGCCCAGAACCUGCAUCGCCUUGCCAGGACCUUGACCAGAACCAGCCAAAGUCAGCAGAAUCCGGCCAAUCACAGCCCUCUCCACCAGCUGGAGAGAGGAGGCGAUGGUGCUGAUGCAGCAGAGCGACAAGGGGGCAGGGAUGAAGAGGAGGACGUUGAGCUCCUCAUCCCUGUGUCCGACUCUGACUCUUCCUCAUCGUCUUUGAUCAGUGAUGUGCAGCAGCCUCUGUUGGAGCCGCACCCUUCCUUCACCGCAGGCCACGCCCCCCACCAUAACCGUGGACACAGUGGUAGAGGGGGGCGGGACGGAAGCUGUGAACACUGCGGGAUGGUGCACACGGCUCAGAUCCCCGACGCUUGUCUUGAGGCCAUGGGCAAGCUGGAAAGCAGUGAUGACGAGCUGCUUCUGUUGUGCUAACGGGCUAGCCUGCCAGCUAACAUGCUAACUUUUUAGGAAUACCUUUUGACGGUCGACUCCUUCAAUUGGUAACAAAUUAACUAACCUGUCAUCUCAACAGUUCAUUGUUACCCAUUAUCCUACAAAUUGCUAGCUAACAUGCUAAAUUACACGAUUAACUUACCUUGCGCCAUACAGUACAGACCAAAGGUUUGGGCACACCUUCUCAUUCAAAUGAAUGGGAAGGUGUGUCCAAAUUUUGGUCUGUACUGUACGUUUAGCUUGCUAGCAAGUUAAUCCUUUGUCUUAAAUGCUCACUGACAUUUCUCACAGCUUUCCGACUAACACUACGGUGCAACAUGUUUCAUUUCUCUUUCCACUACAGCGGUCUAAAGUUGAACCCGUUUUAACAGAUGUUAGCAUGUUAGCUGGAUCAACGGUUAGCUUUUAUAGAUGUGAAGAUGAACAAACCAGUCAAGACUUGUCGCUGAUUGAAGUAGAACGGUAGGAUCAUGAAACGUGUCAUUGGUUGUGUCCAAAUUCCCUGACUACUUUGUGCACUAAACGGGACUAUUGCCAUUUUUGUUCCAUAGUCCGAAUCAACAUUUUCAAAAUCUCGGAUUUUGGAACUGGAAUGCGCUGGAAAUUUCCCAGAAGUCCCUGCAAAAACCGGUGUGCAUCAAUGCUCACUAGAUUGACAAAUGUUGCGUUUAAACGUCAUAAAAACAUCUGUACAUUUAUAUUCAAUAAAUCACUAGGUUUUUAUCUUUAAGACAAGAAGGAUUCCUAAAUCUUCGUAAAGUGUUCAAAUUUAUUAGGUAUUUACUUCGGCAAAUGGGUGAUGUCACAUUUGUCAGGGGGGAAAAAGUAGUAAGGAUGCGUCCGAACUGCAUUGAAAUCUGGGGCACUGGGAGUAGUGAGGGAAUUCGGACAUAGCUAUUGCCCCCCCCCCCCCCCCCCCCCCUUUCCCCGGUUCAUCCAUUUACCACCACCCCCGCUUUUCCUCCCCCUUGCGUAAGCAAAACAUCGGUACGUCCGUCAACGGAGUCCCGGCAGUGCAGACUGCACGUCAAAAACCGUGGGAGUCCAGGUCAGCUGCUAUGGGUCAAAGGUCACACAACGGUUUUAAACACAAGAUAAGGGUCAUGUGACCAUGAGAGUGCGCCACAAGGCCUGCUCCAGGGCUGCUUCGUUAGUUAGGUCUUUAUAUUAAAUAUAUAUUGGAUUUAUACUUGGGUAAAAAGGGGUUCUUUACUGACAGCCGUCACAAAAAGUAGGGUUUAGGUACGAGUUUUUUCUGCUUUUAACAUUUUAUGAAACUGUUUGCCAUCCUAGAGGCUAAUGCAGCUCUUUGUAUUGAUAUGUUUGUAAUAAAACAUAUCAGACCUUUACUAAUUAUUAACGUGUUGAGGAAUAAAACAACGUAUUGAUGAUGAAAAGUGCUUCAGUCUGCGACAACACGUUUUUUAAAAUUUGGUUUAAAAAGCAAACAUGCACGUCUUUUCCACAAAAGACUAAAUUUACAACUAAAUGUUUUUAUUUAACACCUAAAAGGAGUCAUUUUGACUCCGUUAUCAGGCCUCAUCCGUUCGUCACAUGACCCUUGUCGAGCAUCGGUUCUUCAUGGUGCGUGUUCUGGCUGAGGUUCUGGUUCCUUCUUCAUCUUCAGUGGUUUUUCUUAGUUUGAAUUGGUUCUAAAGGAAAAUUAGCUUUAAGAAGUCAAAUUAAAACAAACAAAAUAGUAACAAUGAGGAGAAACAUUGAGGAAAUAUUUUUAAGGAGAAGGUUCUGAACUGGGACCAGAACCAGGCGGCAAAAGAAGCGUGUGGUUCCUGUUUUGUGACGGUUUCCCCCUUCCUGGACCGAAGCCUUUCAAAUGUCUGUAUUUCUGAUCUUUGUUACUGUUUUUGGUACUCAGCGGACUUUGUGCGAGUGUGACUGUGUAUAUUUAUUAUUAUUCUUAUUAUUAAUAUGUUUAUGGUUCUUGUGUUAAUUUUGCUGUUGUGUAGAUGUUUUUCAGACCUGCAUGAUUCAGCCUGUUUGAUGUUUUUUGAGUCUGUAAAGUAAAAAAAAAAAAAAAACAACGGCUAAACUGCACUAAAGAUUAAAGGGUCACAUUCAGUGAAUUGAUUCCAGAAA